ACCACCCAAGCUCCCUUGCCUCUGGCUGGGUGCAACUUCCAUUUUAGGUGUUGGAUCUGAGGAGAAAAAAAGAGAGGGAGAAGGAGAAAACGAAGAGCAGGAAAGAUCCUGAAAGGAGGAAGCGGCGGCGAAAAUCAGCUGCCUCGCUGGAUUUGCUUUCCUCGGCACGUUGGCUACGCCUGUGGUUUCCUUCCUAGAGGACUGGUUUUUAGGAGUGCACGUUCGAGCUCUCUCCUCUGCUUCCUCACUGUGGUGCUGGGAUGCUUCUUCCAUGAUCUUUCUCCAUCUAGACUGGGCUGUACUCUGUGUUAAACCAAUCCGUUACGACCCUUCUCUUAACAGCGUGAAGUGAGGGGGCCUUCUCCCUGCUCCCCUUCCUCUGAGCCACCUCCCUCCUUCCUUGCCCUGUGGCCGCUCCGCCCUGUACCUUCAUGGACGACUCGGAGGUGGAGUCGACCGCCAGCAUCUUGGCCUCUGUGAAGGAGCAGGAGGCCCAGUUUGAGAAGCUGACCCGGGCGCUGGAGGAGGAGCGGCGCCACGUCUCGGCGCAGCUGGAGCGCGUCCGGGUCUCCCCCCAGGAUGCCAGCCCUCUCCUGGCCAACGGCACCCUCACCCGCCGUCAUCAGGAUCACAGUCACCUUCUGUACGGCACCGUCCCCAGGAUGCAGGAACCAGGGCAGAUUGUGGAGACCUACACGGAAGAGGACCCCGAGGGAGCCAUGUCAGUGGUCUCUGUGGAGACCUCAGACGACGGCACCACGCGCCGCACAGAGACCACGGUGAAGAAGGUAGUCAAGACUGUGACAACAAGGACUGUUCAGCCAGUCCCUGUGGGACCAGAUGGGCUGCCUGUGGAUGCCUCAUCAGUUUCUAACAACUACAUCCAGACUUUGGGCCGCGACUUUCGCAAGAAUGGCAAUGGGGGACCGGGUCCCUUCGUGGGGCAGGCAGGCACUGCUACCCUUCCCCGGAACUUCCACUACCCUCCCGAUGGGUACAGCCGCCACUAUGAAGAUGGCUACCCAGGUGGCCCCGACAGUUAUGGCAGUCUAUCCCGGGUGACCCGCAUUGAGGAGCGCUACCGGCCCAGCAUGGAGGGCUACCGGGCACCCAGUAGGCAGGAUGUCUAUGGGCCCCAGCCCCAGGUGCGGGUUGGGGGGAGCAGCGUGGACCUGCACCGCUUCCACCCUGAGCCCUACGGGCUGGAGGAUGACCAGCGCAGCAUGGGCUAUGAUGACCUGGACUACGGCAUGAUGUCGGACUAUGGCACUGCCCGCCGCACCGGGACCCCCUCUGACCCUCGCCGUCGCCUCAGGAGCUAUGAGGACAUGAUUGGUGAGGAGGUGCCGUCAGACCAGUGCUACUGGGCCCCCUUGGCCCAGCACGAGCGAGGGAGCCUGGCCAGCCUUGACAGCCUGCGCAAGGGGGGCCUGCCGCCCCCGAACUGGAGGCAGCCUGAGCUACCCGAGGUGAUCGCCAUGCUAGGCUUCCGCCUGGAUGCUGUGAAGUCCAAUGCGGCCGCGUACCUACAGCACCUGUGCUACCGCAAUGACAAGGUGAAGACCGACGUGCGGAAGCUCAAGGGCAUCCCGGUGCUGGUGGGCUUGUUGGACCACCCUAAGAAGGAGGUGCACCUCGGAGCCUGUGGUGCCCUCAAGAAUAUCUCUUUUGGACGGGACCAAGAUAACAAGAUUGCCAUAAAAAACUGUGACGGUGUUCCUGCCCUUGUGCGGUUGCUGCGCAAAGCUCGAGACAUGGACCUUACUGAAGUCAUUACUGGAACCCUGUGGAACCUCUCGUCCCAUGACUCCAUCAAGAUGGAGAUUGUGGACCACGCCCUGCACGCCCUGACGGAUGAGGUGAUCAUCCCGCACUCUGGCUGGGAGAGGGAGCCAAGCGAGGACUGUAAGCCUCGCCACAUCGAGUGGGAGUCGGUGCUCACCAACACUGCUGGCUGCCUUAGGAAUGUAAGCUCAGAGAGGAGUGAAGCCCGCCGGAAGCUUCGGGAGUGUGAUGGUCUUGUCGAUGCCCUGGUUUUCAUUGUUCAGGCUGAGAUUGGGCAGAAAGAUUCAGACAGCAAGCUUGUAGAGAACUGUGUCUGCCUCCUGCGGAAUUUAUCCUACCAAGUUCACCGGGAGAUUCCACAAGCAGAGCGCUACCAAGAGGCACCCCCCACUGUUUCCAACAAUGCCGGGCCCCACGCGGCCAGCUGCUUUGGCGCCAAGAAAGGCAAAGAUGAGUGGUUCUCCAGAGGGAAGAAGCCCACGGAGGAUCCAGCAAAUGACACGGUAGACUUCCCUAAAAGAACCAGUCCUGCUCGAGGAUAUGAGCUGCUGUUUCAGCCGGAAGUGGUCCGGAUAUACAUCUCACUCCUCAAGGAGAGCAAGACUCCUGCCAUCCUAGAAGCCUCCGCUGGAGCCAUUCAGAACUUAUGUGCCGGGCGCUGGACAUACGGCCGGUACAUCCGCUCUGCGCUGCGUCAAGAGAAGGCUCUCUCAGCCAUCGCUGACCUCCUGAGUAGCGAGCAUGAGCGUGUGGUGAAAGCGGCCUCUGGUGCGCUGAGGAAUCUGGCUGUGGAUGCUCGCAACAAGGAGCUCAUCGGCAAACAUGCCAUUCCUAACUUGGUGAAGAAUCUGCCAGGGGGCCAGCAGAACUCUUCCUGGAACUUCUCCGAGGAUACUGUUGUCUCUAUUUUGAACACCAUCAAUGAGGUUAUUGCCGAGAACUUGGAGGCUGCCAAAAAGCUCCGCGAGACACAGGGCAUUGAGAAACUAGUGUUGAUCAACAAAUCAGGGAAUCGCUCAGAAAAAGAAGUCCGAGCGGCAGCGCUGGUAUUGCAGACAAUCUGGGGAUACAAGGAGCUGAGGAAGCCACUGGAGAAAGAAGGGUGGAAGAAGUCGGACUUUCAGGUGAACCUGAACAGUGCCACACGGAGCCAGAGCAGUCACUCGUACGAUGACUCCACGCUGCCCCUCAUCGACCGCAACCAAAAGCUAGAUAAGAAACCUGACCGGGAAGAAAUUCAAAUGAGCAAUGUGGGAUCAAACACAAAAUCACUAGAUAACAACUAUUCCACACUGAGCGAGAGAGACCACAACAGAACACUGGAUCGAAGUGGGGACCUAGGCGACCUGGAGCCGCUGAAGGGAACUCCCUUGAUGCAGACCGAGGGGCAGGAUUCUCUGGAGGAAGAGUUGGAUGUGUUGGUUUUGGAUGAUGAGGGGGACCAGGUGUCUUACCCCUCCAUGCAGAAGAUUUAGCACCACUCCCUGCGCUCCAUCUGGGCUUAUAAUAUAUGUACUUUCAUUUUUUGGUGGUGAAACAGACUGAUUUUUCCCCUUUCUUCGCUGGACUGUUGUGCCAACUGCCAGGCUGCCUCCUGCCCUUUGCUCUGGACUCCCGGCUUCGCACAGUGAAGUUGACCGGCCCGUGUGCCCCACGCCCACUCAGCCUCCCUGGCUCCUGCCGGGAAACCUGACUGCGGUGUGCGCACUGCAUCUCAGUCUCCAAUCUCGAAAAACUGCUGAAACUGCUGCAGAUGAGCUUCUGGCCGGCUCUCCAGGAACUUGGCCCUGUGUGGAGGAAGGAGGGAGUGGGAAUCUUCACUGGAAGGCGCGGAGCCCCAAGCUCCGUGUUGUAUAUGCAAUGACCAGCAGUCUGCUACAUGGAUGGUUCUUACUCGCAAUCAUUUUUCCUGGUGGGGAAGGGACUUUUAUUUUCGGAGAAUGGGAAGUGUGAAUCCUUACCUAUUCCAGCGGCUAUUUUGGAAAAAGAAGGCUGACAACACUGGCACAUUCCGCUUGGCAAGGGCCUGUGAGUAGUGGAAACCUUGCUGCCCUCAUCUCCGGAGCAGGGACCGUAAGGACCUGCAGACUCCAUCCCAUCAGGGAGCCUCGUGCAGUGCCGGGCUGCCUCCACUGGGCCGCCUCCACCUGUGCUGAGCCUGCCAGCCUGGCCUGGCUGCCUGCAGGAGGCCAUGCGAGAGGAGAAUGUCGUGAAGGCUGGUGGAGAAGCCGGACAUCUUUAGGGAAGAUGCAGCUCUAGGAGACCCUGGGAGGACCAUGCAGGAAGCUGCGGAGGCUGCCCUGUGCUGCCGCCUCCUGCCCUCGAGCCCGUCCUCCCCGCCUCCUCCCUGGAUUGUUUGGUGCCUGCAGGACCUGGUGUACAUAGCUCCUGUCCUCCCUCACAAGGCGGCGAUUGCCCUGGCUUUGCCUCCUCACUGUGCCUUCGGCCUGGGUGCAUCUCCUCCCUCCCUCCCACGUGCCUUCCUUUGCCUCUGCAGUCUCAUUUCUCAUGAUUUUGCAAGUUAAAGUAUUUUGUUGCUUCCGUACCCACUGUUGGCCCUCAACAGCAGGAAGAUGCUGAGAGGCAACUGUAGAGAACCUCAGCUUCUCUCUUCGGGACUGGUGUAGCACUCACUUCCGCCAGGGCGAGCCCUUCUCAACUGCACGGGGUUGGGCCUCCUUUGAGUCUCAUCCUGAUGGGUCUCACGGAGUGGUUGGAAGAGAAGGAGGCGGUGGCCGUUAACUCCUUUGUGGCUGGUGUUUGCCACCACUGUGGGAGGGAUCCUAGCUACAAGGGUCCCUGCCCAAGGCUGCCUGUGGCUCCCCUGUGGAUCAGCAGGUUGGCUAGCAGAACCAGAUGCUAGAUGGCUUGAUUCUUUCUCUUUAACUGUUUUUCUUAUUUGCCUCCUGUUACCCUUCAUCCAAAAGCUCUGUUCAGUGCAACUGGAAUUGCUCCUCCCUCCCCCUUUCUCUGCCUGUUCUAUGGAGGCUCCUGGACCCCAGCCCUUCCCAGGCACUGCAGCCCCCAGCACCUUCCCUCCCGCCUUCCCCACUCCGCCCACCUUUUCUGGCCAGAAGGACUUUUUGCUGUCUGUGACCGCAGAGCUUGCUGGCGGGGACCCUGCCCCCACCAGCCCUGACUCCGAGGUGGUUGCUCGUGUCCUCUGCUCUCCUGGUGCUCUCUUCUCGGUGCGGUGCGGGUGAUAGAAUAGCCAUGGGCUUCGGGGACCUCUAACCAUUUGUUUUCCCAUUUUCACUUAGAAACACACUAAACAUUCAACUCCAGAAAACCAAAAAUCCCACCUUCCCACCGAAUACUACUUGGGGCAUCUUCGGCUCCGUACAUUUGCUCUUUUCUUUCUCUCCUUAAUGCUUUUAAAAACAAAUGAGUUUUUAUAUAAAUAAAGUUUUUAAAGUGUG